AUGUUGGAACGGUGUUUGGGACCGCGUCGUGUGCGACAAAUCCAGAGAAUUCUCCGAAACGGAAAGAUCACACUGCUUUGCCUAUUCCUCACAGUCAUUGUCCUCAGGGGAAAUUUGGGUGCAGGAAAAUUCGGUACACCUGAGCAAGACAUCAACGAGAUCCGAGAGACCUUUUACUACUACCGUAAACGGGUGGAGCCACGACGAGUUCUCGAAGAAGCCCGACUAACAACCAUUUCUGCAGCUACAGACUCCACAUCGGAUUCGAACAAUUACGCUACAUUCGACAUCAAGAAGAUCUUGGUCGAUGAGGAACCAGACAAUGAAAAGCGAGAUCCAAACAAGCCCUACACUCUCGGACCCAAAAUCUCUGAUUGGGAUGAGCAAAGAGCUGAGUGGUUGAAGAACAACCCGAACUUUCCCAAUUUUAUUGGACCCAAUAAGCCUAGGGUGUUGUUGGUUACUGGGUCAUCGCCAAAACCGUGUGAGAACCCGGUGGGGGAUCAUUAUUUGUUGAAAUCGAUAAAGAAUAAGAUUGAUUAUUGUAGGUUACAUGGGGUUGAGAUUUUCUACAAUAUGGCUUUGCUUGAUGCGGAACUGGCUGGGUUCUGGGCCAAAUUGCCAUUGAUUAGGAAGCUUUUGUUGAUGCAUCCAGAGGUGGAGUUUCUGUGGUGGAUGGAUAGUGAUGCCAUGUUUACUGAUAUGGCGUUUGAGGUGCCGUGGGAGCGGUAUAAGGACCAUAAUUUUGUGAUGCAUGGGUGGAAGGAGAUGGUGUAUGAUCAGAAAAAUUGGAUUGGGUUGAAUACUGGAAGUUUUUUGCUUAGAAAUUGUCAGUGGUCUCUGGACAUUCUUGAUGCCUGGGCACCAAUGGGGCCAAAAGGGAAGAUUAGGGACGAUGCAGGGAAGAUAUUGACUAGGGAGCUUAAGGGUAGGCCAGUUUUCGAGGCGGAUGAUCAGUCUGCUAUGGUUUAUUUGUUGAUGAGUCAGAAGGACAAGUGGGGUGAUAAGGUGUAUCUUGAGAAUGCUUAUUAUUUGCACGGGUACUGGGGUAUUUUGGUGGACCGGUAUGAGGAGAUGAUUGAGAGUUACCAUCCAGGUCUUGGUGAUCAUCGGUGGCCUCUUGUGACUCACUUUGUGGGUUGCAAGCCUUGUGGGAAGUUUGGCGAUUAUCCGGUGGAGAGAUGCUUGAAGCAGAUGGAUAGGGCAUUUAAUUUUGGGGAUAACCAGAUUCUGCAGAUGUAUGGGUUCACUCAUAAGUCACUUGCUAGUCGGAGAGUCAAGAGAACGAGGAAUGAGACACGCAAUCCGCUUGAAGUCAAGGAUGAGCUUGGGUUGCUUCACCCUGCAUUCAAGGCUGUCAAGGUAUCUUCUUCUUGA